AUGGCACCACAACGACCCAUAAAGCGACUUCUAGUCGCAAACAGAGGCGAAAUUGCCGUGCGCAUCAUCCAAGCGGCGCGGGAACUAUCCCCAUCAAUUGAAACAUUCGCACUCUAUACACCAGAUGACCGGUCCCACUGCCAAAUCGGGCGGCCGCAUCAUACGCUGGAGAUCCCCUCCGUCGCAACCUAUCUAGAUAUCGAUCUACUAGUUGAUCUAGUGAAACGGCAUUCCAUUGAUGCAGUGCAUCCGGGCUACGGGUUUCUCAGUGAAAGUGCGGAGUUCGUGCAGCGUAUGUGGCAGGAUGCCCGUGCGGUCGUCAUUGGGCCGGGAUGGGAGACACUUGCGAGGACGGGGGAUAAACUGCAGGCGAAGGAGUUGGCGGCGGAGUGUGGCGUGCCUGUUUUAAAGGCCCUUACAACACCUACGGCUGAUUUGAAUGAAAUCAGGUCGUUUGUGAAGCAGGUCGGGUUUCCUGUUAUGAUCAAGGCUGUUGAUGGAGGGGGCGGCCGAGGAAUUCGGCUGGUGUGGAAUGAUGGGGAGCUUGAUAAUGCCGUUGAUCGUGCGAUUGGAGAGUCUCCGUCACGAACAGUAUUUGUUGAAAAAGCUGCGGUGGAUGGCUUCCGUCAUGUCGAGGUGCAGGUGGUGGGUGAUGGAACAGGAAAUGCUCGGCAUCUCUGGGAGAGAGAUUGCAGUAUUCAACGUCGAUUCCAGAAGAUCGUCGAGUGUGCACCUGUGUUAUCAAAGAACAGAGAAUUUGUCAGCCGGGUGAUUGAUGCAGCAUUGAAGAUUGCAAAGACAAUCCACUACCAGUCACUUGGGACAUUUGAAUUCCUGGUAAAUGACCAACGGUCUGAGUUCUAUUUCCUCGAGAUCAACCCGCGACUUCAGGUUGAACACACUAUUACUGAGAGUAUCACCGGUGUCGACCUGGUGCAAACGCAGCUCCUAAUUGCCCAGGGCCACUCCCUCCAUCAACUUGGACUGGAUUAUGUCGACCUAAAAGACUUUCCUCCAAGGUCAUUUUCGAUCCAACUUCGACUAUGCGCGGAGGAUCCGAAUAACAACUUCUCUCUCGGGAUCGGAAAGAUUACGGAAUUCUUCGUCCCGAGUGGCCAUGGUACCCGGGUCGACACACAUGUUGACACAGGAUAUUCGCCAUUGAUCGUCGGCUCUAACUUCGAUAACCUCCUGGCAAAGAUCAUCGUUACAGCCUCGAGCUGGGAAGCAACCGUUCGGAAAGCACAACGCAUAUUGGCAGACACGAGGAUCGCAGGUGUCACUACAAACAUUAACCUCUUGCGGGGGAUUGUGGCUCACGGUGAUUUCAUGGCCGGGGCAAUUGACACACAAUGGCUGGGGUCGAAUCUAGGACAGACUCUCCAGCUGGGUGAGACGGUGUCUGCAUCCCUCCGGAAAGACAGUACACUGUCUUCACCUGGGAGCCAGGCCAUUUCUAUGCCAUCAUCAAACCUACUAUUCCGCAAAGGCGAUGCGUGGUCCAUCACGCUCGAACCUAUUCAGAAAGGAUCCUCCCAGAAAGGGCAAGAAACCCGACAUCACUUGCAACUAUCCCGUGUCCUGCGUAACGAAUUCCCGUUUUCACUUACGGCAGAGAUCGAAUAUACCACCCCAGCUCAAUCCGCUACACCGUACCGUAUGCAACUAGAAUCGACCUCGACCUCAGCGUCGGCCCUCGUCUCUUCGUCUCAUCGACGCGCGGAUCCCAGAAAUCCGGCGCAUAUCGCUCUCCCGCUGUCAGGCAAGUUGAUUGAAGUUCUUGUGUCAGAGGGAGACCACAUCGCAAAAGAUCAAGUUGUCGCUUUCCUAAAGCAGAUGAAAAUGGAGCUGGAAGUUCGCAGUCCGCGUGCUGGAACGGUGAAAUGGGCGUUUGAAAUGCAAGGGGACGAGGAAGACGUGGCCGAAGGGAUAUUGCUGGCGGAGUUAGAAGAGGCCGAAUGGGGACCUGUCGAUGUCCGGGGGAAGUUGUAG